AUUUGACAUUUCGUUUUCCCAUACGGUCCGGCUGAAAAGUUGAAAACAUGUUUGUUUUUAAAAUAACCAUGCAUUUGUAAUUAAUAUUUUCAAGUUUCUCUUGUUUGAUAAAUAAGUAUGUGAUAAUCUGCAAUAUUAAACCUUACAUAAUGACUUUCCUGGAGGACACUCUCAUAAUAUUAAUUUCACAGACUGUUUUCUUCGUAGGAGGAUGGGUCUUCUUUGUGAAGCAGCUGUUCAGAGACUACGAGGUCCACCACUUGUUAGUGCAACUCAUAUUCUCUGUCACCUUCGCUCUCAGCUGCACAAUGUUUGAACUCAUCAUAUUUGAAAUCAUUGGAUAUUUGGACUCAAGUUCCAGAUAUUUCCACUGGAACGUUGGCCUGUAUUCACUGCUGUUUAUGGUCAUAGCCCUAAUACCAUUCUACAUCGCAUACUUCUGCAUUAGUAAUGUUAGAUUUGUGUCGAAAAACAUGAUACGGCCGUUGACUAUGUUUGUGUGGUUUAUUUAUUUAUACUUCUUUUGGAAGAUUGGAGACCCAUUCCCUAUAUUGAGCCCAAAACAAGGCAUAUUUUCUAUAGAGCAAGGCGUCUCACGGAUAGGUGUUAUAGGAGUGACAGUCAUGGCCUUACUAUCCGGCUUUGGUGCUGUCAACUAUCCCUAUACAUCAAUGGCUAUAUUUAUAAGACCAGUAACCCAGUCAGAUGUAUUAUCCAUAGAGAAGAAGCUUCUCCAAACCAUGGACAUGAUACUUGUGAAGAAGAAGAGGAUUGCAUUGGCUGAAUCCAACAACAUGGGUCGGAACCAGUACAUGAAUGACCAGUCCGGGGCAAAGAAUAGGGGAUUCUGGAGGAAUAUACUAUCCAGUGUUGGCAGCAUUGGAAAUCCUCUAAGCCAGGGCACUGAAAAUAUAGCACAACUGCGUCAAGAGAUAUCAGGUCUAGAGGAGUUGAGCAGGCAACUGUUCCUAGAAGCGCACGACGCUAGAACGAUGCGGGAGAAGAUAGAGUGGUCGAGAACAUUCCAGGGGAAGUACUUCAACUUUCUGGGGUACUUCUUUUCUUUGUACUGCAUUUGGAAGAUAUUCAUUUCAACAAUAAACAUAGUGUUCGAUCGAGUCGGCAAGAAGGAUCCAGUGACGCGAGGCUUGGAAAUAGUGGUGCACUGGCUCGGGUGGAACAUCGACGUGUCGUUCUGGUCACAGCACGUGUCCUUCAUACUGGUGGGCUGUAUAGUGCUCACCAGCAUCAGGGGACUGCUUCUGACCCUCACUAAGUUCUUCUACAAGAUAUCGUCCUCCAAGUCGUCGAACAUUAUAGUUUUAAUACUCGCUCAAAUAAUGGGCAUGUAUUUUUGUUCGUCCGUCCUAUUGAUGCGUAUGAACAUGCCUUCAGAGUAUAGAAUAAUUAUAACGCAGGUGUUGGGGGAGCUGCAAUUCAACUUCUACCACCGGUGGUUUGAUGUUAUAUUCCUUGUAAGCGCUUUAACAAGCAUUUUCACCCUAUAUUUAGCUCAUAAACAACCGUCUGUUAAUUAAAUUUAGGAUUCAAAAAAGCCAAAGAAAUUUUGAGAAAAAGAAUAAGUGACAAACAGUAAUUGGGGUAUCAGAUUUUUUGUGGCAUAAACGGCUGUAUCUUUUUUACGUCAACUUGGAAGUUUGACUUUUUCACUGCUUCAAGGGGCUGUAGACCUGAGAUUUAGGCUGCCAGUCCACCGAAGCGGAGCGAGGCAGCGGAGCUGAGAAACGGAGAAACAUUAACCAAUAUGAUUGCACGAUAUCUUCACUCCUCUUAAGUGGACAGGGACUUGCGAGCUAGUUUAAAAAUUCAUAUAAACAUGGUAAGCGGUGCAGGAAAACGGAGCGGGGGUAAAUAUUUUUUUCUGCAACAUUGUCUGCAACUCUGUCCGCAUUAGUCCGUUCCCUCGCUUCAGUGGACAGGCAGCCUUAAUGUGGCAUUAGCGGCCAUAUCUUUUUUGUACCGUCAACUUGUUUGACCUUUCACAGCUUCAAGGGUCUGUAGACUUUAGUUUUAAUUUCAACUACAGUGCCUCAAUGCGUCAUCAAGGUAAAGGAUCUCUACUGACAGACCGGCAAAGUGAUCUUAUAAGGAUUCCGUUUUUUCCUUUUGAGGUACCCUAAAAUAUAAAAAUAAUUCGCUUAAAAAUUUAUAAUCCAUAAGGGGUUGAAAUUUUUCAGAAAAGUCCUUAACUUCAAAAUGUAAAAUGUAUUGGGGUUGAAAAGGGGAUAAAAACUUACACGGCAUGGAUUUUCUGGCACAAAAUCGCGCGCGUAUGCUAACUAAAAUAAUAAAUAAGCCCACACUUAUAUUGCAUCAUCACUUAACAUCAGGUGAGAUUGUAGGUAAGGGCUAACUUGUAAUGAAAAAAAUCCCUACCCAGAAAAGCUUGGGUGGUAUCUUAGUACAUAAGACUGAUUCAAUCAAUGGUUACACCUAAGAUUAUGAGUCCUUAACCUUAAGUAUUAAGUAUGCAAAAUCAACGUUGUAAAUAUUAAUUAACUUAAUAAAUUAUAUAUUUCUAUA